AUGAUAGCACGACAUAAAGAGUUGAGGGAGAAAAUUAGGCAGUUAACCUCGCUGUAUGAUAUUACAUCGGCCGAAUGCAUCUAUGAGGACCAAGAUCAAGACCCAACAGGAUCGUUGCGGAUCGGGGACAUACGAUUGGCAACCAGGAAGUUAGAAGAUGAUCCCUCCCAAGUACAGGACGAUCUCCUCGAAAUCAAUCUGGGGACAGAUGAAUCGCCUAAACCUAUAUAUAUCAACGCAGGACUGGACGAAGGAUUCAGAAAGCAACUGGUCGCCCUACUCAUUGAGUUCCGCGACUGCUUUGCCUGGUCAUAUGAUGAAAUGUCGGGCCUUGAUCCUGACAUCGCCGAACAUAAGCUUCCAUUAAAGAGCGGGUUUCGGCCAUUUCGGCAACCUCCCCGGCGAAUGUCCAGGGAAGUGGAUACUCUCAUCCAGGAUGAGAUUAAGCGGCUGGAAGAUGCCAAGUUUAUUCGGGAAGCCCAGUACACCGAAUGGCUCUCUAACAUCGUACCAGUGAUGAAGAAAAACGGGAAGCUACGAGUAUGCGUACAUUUUCGGAACCUCAACCUGGCCACACCCAAGGACGAAUACCCGAUGCCUGUGGCCGAUAUGCUGAUAGACAGGGCAGCGGGACACACGAUACUCAGUUUCCUCGAUGCGCACUCUGGAUACAACCAAGUUCCAAUCAGCAAGGAGGACAUCUCCAAAACGGUUUUUAGAUGCCCCGGGCCGAUCGGAGCGUACGAAUGGGUAGUAAUGCCUUUCGGCUUGAAAAACGCGGGGGCAACAUAUCAGAGGGCGAUGAACAAAAUGUUCAGAGGCCUCGACUGCCUUGAGGUCUACAUAGACGAUGUCGUAAUCAAGUCGAAUACCGGCGAAAUUCAUCUGGCCGACCUCCGGCAAGGUUUCGAGCGUAUACGAUGUAAUGGGUUGAAGAUGAACCCUCUGAAAUGCGCAUUCGGCGUUUCGGCUGGAAACUUCUUGGCGGGCCGGCUUCGCAGCUGGAGUGUUUUGCUGAGAGGAAAAGAGACCGAUGAGUGGGUAUGGACGGACGAGCAACAGAGGGUGUUCGACGAUUUGAAAGGUUACUUGGCCAAACCUCCGGUUAUGACUCCUCCAAAGCCGAAUAAGCCUUUGUUGUUAUACCUAUCGGCUGCACACGAAUCCCUAGGAUGUAUGCUCGCCCAAGAGGACGAUGGGGUCGAGAGAGCAGUUUACUAUUUGAGCCGAGGACUGACGGACACAGAAAUUCGUUAUACCGACAUAGAAAAAAUGUGUCUAUGCCUGUACUUCACGUACUGUAAGCUGCGAUACUAUAUGUUGCCGGUCGUAGUGUAUGUUUUGUCCCAGACCGAUAUAAUUAAGUAUAUCUUAUCAAAACCAUACUUGAGGAAUCGGAUUGGAAAAUGGGCGAUUGCAAUGUCCGAAUUCACAUUGGUGUAUGUUCCCCAAAGAGCAGUAAAAGGACAAGUGUUGGCAGACUUCUUGGCCGAUCACCCUGGUAUUACCCUCAAGGAAGAAACAGUCAUGUUCUUCGACAUCGCCGUGUGGAAGAUGUGGUUCGACGGAUCCAGGACAAGCCAGGGGGCAGGCGCGGGAGCAGAAUAUGAGGCCCUCAUAUUCGGUUUUGAGAUUUUAGCCGAGCUAGGGGCAAGGGCGAUCAGUGUAAAAGGAGAUUCUUUGCUAGUCAUUAAACAAGUGACAGGAGAAUUCAAAUGCGAGUCCGAGCUGUUGGUAAGGUAUUGCAACAAGGCGAAACACCUGAUCGAAGGCUUUCAGGAUACGAGGAUAGAAUACACAGAGAGGGCCGAUAACGGCGUUGCAAACGACCUAGCUCAGCACGGUAGUGGUUACAAGCUGGACGUCACCCAAGAUUGGAGGGACGAGCUCCUGAAGUGGUUCGAAAAACCAGACGCCACGAAUAGGAGGUUGAGGACUUUAGCCCUUAAUUACGUGGUCUUAGCCGGCGAAUUAUAUAAGAAGGGCUUCGAAGGGCUACUCUUCAGAUGCAUCGGUCCAAAAGAGGUAAUGCUUGCUAUGGCCGAGGUACACGAAGGUAUAGCGGGCGCCCACCAGGCGGGCCCCAGAAUGAGGUGGCUUAUCCAUAAAUACGGCUUUUAUUGGCCGAAAAUGGAACAAGACUGCAUAAGAUAUGCCAAAGGUUGUGAAGCUUGUCAGAAAUUCGGCCCAAUACAACACGUCCCGGCCGAAGACCUGCACUCCAUCAUCAAGCCAUGGCCAUUCAGAGGAUGGGCGGUCGACCUGAUAGGGAAAGUAUACCCCGGCUCGUCUGAUGGUCAUACUUUUGUGAUUAUCGCCACUUGCUACUUCACCAAGUGGGUCGAAGCUAAACCUUUAAAGUCGCCAACACAAGAAGCAGUGAUCAGGUUCUUCAAAGAAUACAUCGUCCACCGACACGGCUUGCCCGAGUCCAUAACUACAGAUCAAGGGACUAUGUUCACAGGAGGCGAUAUAAGUUGGUGGGCUUCCCAAAUGAAGAUAAAAAUGUUACAUUCAACACCGUACUACUUGCUACUUCACCAAGUGGGUCGAAGCUAA